UGGUCAAGGUAGUUCCCCCGUGGUGUCCGUUUCUCUGCCGUGGUUUCUCAGGAAAAGUUGAAAAAAAAUCACGAAAUGAUCAAAGCAAAAGGAUUGUAAACUUUCCUGCCUUUGUUAUGGAGGUUUUUAAAAAGCUCAAAGUUGAUGACCAUCAAAGUUAUCCUACAGCUACGAGUGGUAGUUCAAGCUUUGAUGAUCCACUGAUGUGCUCUCCGGUACCAGUUUUAUCAAGGGACCUCAAAGAAGUCAAAUUGGUGCAGGUUUAUGCAGCACCAAUACUACAUGCCAAGACUACCUCUAAAGUCAUCAAAGAACUUCAGAAUGCUCUUCCAUUGACAACCUUGUCACAUGUCAAACGGGUUCGGAGAAACACCAAAAACUUCGACGACAAAGAAAGAGGAUGUGGCCUUGAUAUUAUAUUGUGCCUAGUUGAUGAGGAGGUAAAUUCAGUGUCCUCCUCUCCAUCGUUGUUGGAAAUCUUCAAGGACAAACCCAACCUCUGCCAUGGGAUGUUGGGGGCGCCCUUUGUUGCUAUGGUAUCCAAGAUGGCUCCCAUCACUAGACAACAGUUUGAGAAAGCCAUGGAGCACUGGCCGGUGAUAUUUCAUCAAAAUAUACAACUGAACCAGGUUGCUAGUGGUCAACUCUUUACUGACAGAGACCGAGAGAGAAUCGCCAGCUACAUGAUGCUUGCUGUACAGGCAGCGAGAGCUGGACAUCAUAAAGGAAUGGUACCAAUUGGCGCAGUAAUAAUCGAUCCUGCAAAUGAGAAGGUGUUGGCAUCAUGUCAUGAUCUUCGUAAUCUUGGAACCAACCCUCUGCAGCAUGCUGUCAUGGUGUGUAUUGACUUCGUAGCCAAAGGUCAAGGUGGAGGAGCAUGGCAGUUCAAAGGGAGUGAUCUUGAGCAUGCAUGGACACAACCCAAGACAAAUAAUGAGGAUCAACACAGCAUCUUACAGACAUCUUCCGAGUUGUGUAAGGACAGCAAUGAUUUAUGUACUCACCUUCUCAGGACUGAGGGGGUAGCCGCAACAAGUCCAUCGCCAACAAACACUUCAGAUAAAGAAUCAGAAUCUCUCAAAGCUACAAAGACUGAUUGUGAUAGAUGUCUGGAGUGCAAACAGUCUGACUUUCAAUGCUCUGAUAAGCGUCAACAGUCAAGUGCGUGUGACAUUGUUACAUCAGAGGAUAGUGACAUUGUUACAUCAGAGGAUAGUAAUGUCACACUCGGCGUUACAACAUCCAAGGCAUUGGAGACUGGCAAUCAGGAUGGAGGGUCGGCGAAGCCACAGGGGCCUUAUCUAUGCACAGGGUAUGAUCUCUACGUCACUCAGGAACCCUGUGUUAUGUGCGCUAUGGCCUUGGUGCAUAGUAGGAUCCGGCGUGUAUUCUACGGUACCGGACACCCAGAUGGAGCGUUGGGUUCCAAGUAUAUGAUCCACGAACAAAAGGGUCUUAAUCAUCAUUUUGACGUAUUCAAAGGCGUUCUUCAGCAGGAAUGCCAAACUUUAAUGAACGACGACCGAAGCUGACACCAAAUCAUUCCCAUUUCAUUUACAAAUUGACCAAUCGGUAGUAGUGUGUUUGCAGGGCUCAAAAUUAGCACUGGAACCGCAAGCCCAUGGCAAGUGAUUUCAGUGUUGGGCCAGUAAACUUAGGAUCGUACAAGUCCAGUAGCCUUGUGUUUUUGAAUGAACUGAUAAAUACAAAAUAUCUUUCAAUUCCAUUGAGUAGGUUAUACCCAUAAGAGAUUAUGAGAUAAGUUUUCAACUAGUGCUUGUUCCAAAAACAGCUUAAAUGUGAAACUGUG